GCGGCGCUUCCGGUGCGGGCCCCGCCCCGGCUGUGGCCCCCGGCUGCGGAGGAGUCCGAGUCGCCGCUGCCGCGCCGGGGCCUGAGCGGCCGCCUCCUCCGCCGCCCGAAAAGCCGCAGCGCCACGCACAGGUUUAGACCCAGUGUGCCUGGUGGGCUGUGCCCAGGUUCAGAGUCAUGCCACUCUGUGGGUGAAGCUUGAGGCAGUAAUGGAGCCACUUCAGAAGCAGCAGCAGCAGCAGCAGCAGCAACAGCAACAGAAGCAGCCACACCUGGCUCCUCUGCAGAUGGAUGCCAGAGAGAAGCAGGGCCAGCAGAUGAGAGAAGCCCAGUUCUUGUAUGCCCAAAAGCUGGUCACACAGCCGACUCUCCUUUCUGCCACACCUGGGAGGCCUUCUGGCAGCACUCCCUUGGGUCCCUUAGCCAGAGUUCCAGCCACCACCACAGUGGCCCAAGGUUUUGAACGGGGCAACGUGAACUCAGAGCCUGAGGAAGAGGAAGGUUUGGAGGAUGAGGAUGGGGAUGAUGAAGUUGCAGAGGUGGCUGAGAAAGAAACCCAGGCUGCUUCAAAAUAUUUUCAUGUGCAGCAAGUAGCUCGCCAAGAUCCCAGAGUGGCACCCAUGUCCAAUCUACUUCCAGCACCAGGGCUCCCACCACAUGGACAACAGCCUAAAGAAGACCAUACCAAAGACGCUUCCAAGGCCCCACCUUCUGUCUCCACAGCCGGGCAGCCGAACUGGAGCCUGGACGAGCAGCUCAAGCAGAAUGGUGGUUUGGCCUGGAGUGAUGAUGCAGAUGGAGGCCGGGGAAGAGAGAUCUCUCGAGAUUUUGCCAAGCUGUAUGAACUGGACGGUGAUCCUGAAAGGAAAGAGUUCCUGGAUGACCUUUUCGUCUUUAUGCAGAAGAGGGGGACCCCCAUCAACCGAAUCCCCAUCAUGGCCAAGCAGAUCCUGGACCUGUACAUGCUGUAUAAGCUGGUGACCGAGAAGGGGGGCCUGGUGGAGAUCAUCAACAAGAAGAUCUGGAGGGAGAUCACCAAAGGCCUGAACCUGCCCACAUCCAUCACCAGCGCCGCCUUCACCCUCAGGACCCAGUACAUGAAGUAUCUCUAUGCCUAUGAGUGUGAGAAGAAAGCCUUGAGUUCCCCGGCCGAGCUCCAGGCCGCCAUCGACGGCAACCGCAGGGAGGGCCGGCGGCCCAGCUACAGCUCCUCCCUCUUCGGCUACUCACCUGCUGCUGCCGCUGCUGGGGCCCCUGCCCUCCUCUCCCCACCCAAGAUCCGCUUUCCCAUCCUUGGGCUUGGCUCCAGCAGUGGCACCAAUACCAGUGGCCCGCGGAUAUCCCCAGCAACCACUCUCAGGAAAGGUCAGCAGGGCUCCCAGGGGAGAAAGAAGAAAGGGAGGAAGGGACGCCAGUUGCCCUGUGUUCAGGAGUGGGGUUUCUGGGCAAGAGGGUCCGUUGUGGAUUGCUCCAGCUCUAGUUCCUUCGCAGGUGAUGGAGCCCCAGUGACAACAGUGCCUGUGCCAAAUCGCCUGGCUGUGCCCGUGACCCUGGCAAGCCAGCAGGCUGGUACUCGGACUGCCACGCUGGAGCAGCUGCGGGAGCGGCUGGAGUCAGGGGAGCCUGCUGAGAAGAAGGCGUCAAGGCUGUCCGAGGAGGAGCAGCGCCUGGUGCAGCAGGCCUUCCAGCGCAACUUUUUCAGCAUGGCACGGCAGCUCCCCAUGAAAAUCAGGAUCAAUGGCAGGGCAGAAGACAGAGCAGAGGCCUCGGCUGCAGCACUGAACCUGACCACAAGCAGCAUCGGGAGCAUUAACAUGUCUGUGGACAUCGAUGGCACCACCUAUGCAGGUGUGCUGUUUGCCCAGAAGCCCGUGGUCCACCUCCUCGCGGGGUCUGCCCCCCAGAGCCUCGGCAGCAGCGCCAGCAGCAGCAGCAGCAGCUCUCACUGCUCACCAAGUCCUACCUCAUCCCGGGGCACCCCCAGCGCAGAGCCCUCCACCAGCUGGUCCCUCUGAUGGGCAGGACCCAGCUUCCCACUUGCCACUCUCCUGCCCGAGAGUAAAGGAAGUUGAUGCACAGAAUUUACCUCAUCUCACGGAGCCCACGUCGACGAGCACCAUUUGGCCAGACAUGGAGAGUUUGGACGCGUCCGUCUAUCCAGGCUCCUUUCAGGUCCUGCUGUACUCUGGGGGCAGGGAGAGGCUAGAGGGGCAGGACAGGGCAGCGUUGUCCAAUCAGGGAUUGUCCUGGAGAACUGGGUGGGGGUCUGUGGGUGUCCAGCUUCCUCCAGGGUUCCCCAGCCACCUCCCAGCCCGGGGCACAGUGUAUCGACAAUCUGUCAGCCGACACAGGGCUGGAGGCCCUCCAUUUCCCUUCCCCUUUAAUUUAUUUCCCUGCCCCUCCUUCUGCCAUGACUCCAGGGCCCCUCAUCUCUUCCCCUGUUUUUAAGUCCCAUGUGGGGCUGCUAGGAGCCGAGAGCAUGCCUUCAUGCCCUUCUCUGCCGAGCAUGGGAUGGGGCCCUCCCAGCCCACCUUGCGUACCGUUAGGUUCCUGGGGUGUGGGUCCUUCAAACUCAAGUCUUGAAUCAGUCCUCAGGGCCCCAGAUCUCCCAUCUAAUGGUCCCAAGGAAGAGACCAUAAGGGCAGUUCGGGGCCAGGGCCCACGGGGCACCUGCUGACGGGAAGGCAGAGCCUCAGUGCUGCCCAGCCCUGGCACCUGCUUCACAUGGACCCUUCUCUGACCCCCAAAACCUCAUGCUCCCCACUUGCCCUUGUUGGCCCACUCUCCCAAGAAUAGCUUCCUUGUCCCCUCCCCAGCCCCCUUCCAUUUCUCAUGGGGCCAUCUUGGCCUCACCAUCCCCACACGUGCCGAUGUCAGGUUCAUUGAAAUACCUCAGAUUUGUAAUUGUUGACAUUUGAGUCUUCAGGAAGUAUUUGCAUCUCUGAAAUCUUUUUUAUAUGUGUUUUGCUGACUCUUGUUUUUUUUUAUUUUAAAAUUUUUAUUGUUGUAGCACCAAAGAAAUGAAAACAGAUCACCCCAAAGCCAAGCAAAUGACUGGGUACUCCGGCCCCUCCGGCUCUUCUCUCAAGCCCAGUGAGGAGGCCAGAGGGAGGCAGGCAGGGGAGCCGACUCAGGGAUCGCGGGGCGGGGAGGUGGAGGCGAGAGGCCUGCUCUCACGCCAGUUGGGCCCUGGAACCGCACCAGUUCUGAAGACAGUCCAUUUUCUGCCACCCCACCCCCCACCCCCUGCUGACCAGGGAGGCAGCAGAACACCUCCCCAUCACUCAGCAUUCCCAGUUCAGGGCGCCAGCAGGCUGGGGUCCUCGCUGGCCUUGCUGGAGGUUGAGCCGCCCCAGCUAUGAGAUGCCAAGAACUCCACUGCUCCUCCUGGACCCUGGGUUGGAGCAGGUGGCUCCUGUGCUGUCAAGAAAAGAUGGUUCUUGUGUGCGGCUCACCCCAGUCGAAGAAGCCCUGGGGUGUUGAGCGGAACACCACUGUGACAUGGGGCGGUGGCGGUGGGAGACACUGUGCGUGGCAUGGGUGUGCGGCAGCACAGCUAGCAUUCAGUCCUGUGGAGGAGAGGAAAGGGAACUGAAAGCUUGAGCACAAACAGAAAACCUCGGCCUGAGAAGCUGCAGCUCUGCUCACCCCUCUCUCUCCCCCAGCCCUCCACACACACUCCAGCUCCCACACUCACACUCACACACACCCCAUCUCCCAGGGGCUCACCUCAUCUGGCCUCAGCCUGCAGGGUGUGGGCAAAGAAGGGCAUCUGGGAUCUGGUGCCAUUAAGGAGCCCAGUUGGCUGGCAUUGGGGCCCACUUGAAGGUGUCUCAGACAUAUGGCCAGUGUGUCUUUCUCAGGGGUUUGGUCACGAAGGAUGGACUCUUCCCACCCGGAGGAUGCAGGGACAGUACGCUGCGUUUUUCUGGUCAUUGGAUCCUCUCCCUUUCCCCGGCAGCUCGCCUGGCUGCACCCUCAGAGCGAACCCUCACUGCCCUCAAAGACAGCAUCAGGGUCUCAGCCAGAGCCCGAUGGGGGGGUGCCAGCAGGCGCCCCCAGGAGUGGGGCCUUGGCCCAAGCAGAGCUUUCCCUGAAGGUGCCGUCAGCCUGGGCAGCUGUGUGCCCUCCCCGCUCCCCAUCUUAUGUGUAUUUUAACCAGGAAAAGUGUGAUAGCACAUGGGUAGCCUAGGCAGUGAAUAAAUACCUCAGAUGUCCUCCUGCAACAAGUGUCUGUAUAUGUUGUGGUUAUUUUUAUCUUACAUGUUCUUGAAUGUUUAUAUUUCAAUAAACCUCUACCUCUUCGCACAA